GCAGUGAGCCGAGAUUACGCUACUGCACUCCAGCCUGGGUGAGAGAGCAAGACUGUCUCAAACAAACAAAAAACCUUGGAAAAGCCCUGGCGGUCGUUUUUUUUUUUUUUUUUUUUUUUUGAGACAGAGUCUUGCUCUGUCGCCCAGGCUGAAGUACAGUGGUCGGAUCUUGGCUUACUGCAACCUCUGCCUCCCAGGUUCAAGCAAUUCUUCUGCCUCAGCCUCUCAAGUAGCCACCACGCCCAGCUAAUUUUUGUAUUUUUAGUACAGACGGGGUUUCACCAUGUUGUCCAGGUUGGUCUUGAACUCUUGACCUCAGGUGAUCCACCCGCCUCGGCCCCCCAAAGUGCUAGGAUUACAAGCUUGAGCUACCGCGUCCAGCGCCCUGGCGGACUUUAAUCAAGUAGAAAAGCUGCAUUAUACCACUUACUUCGGUUGCCUUCAGUGAGAAAGAAGAAAUGGAAAUGCAAAUCACUUAUUAGUUGUAGGAAACAGAUCUUAAAUAGCAGUUUUGUUGAUAAGACCGCAGGAAAACGUGGGAACUGUGCUGCUGGCGCGGUCGACCAGACGGUUUCCAAAGGGAGCAGUCCUUCCCAGCCACCGCACCUGCAUCCAGGUUCCCGGGUUUCCUAGGACUCUCAGCUGUUGCCCUGGGCUCGGUUCUGUGCCACACCCGUGGCUCCUGCGUUUCCCGCUGGCGCACGCUCUCCAGAGCCGGGGUCGCUGCGACCCCGCCGAGCAGGAAGAGGCGGAGCGCGGGACCGCGGCGGGAAAAGAGCGCGCGGAAGCGGUCCUGCCACUGCGCCACUUCGCCUUCCUCAGUCCCGCCGCUCGCCACGCCACUUCGCCUGCCUCUGUUCCGCCGCCCGCCGCGCCAUGCCCGUCGCCGGCUCCGAGCUGCCGCGCCGGCCCUUGCCGGCCGCCGCACAGGAGCGGGACGCUGAGCUGCGUCCGCCGCACGGGGAGCUGCAGUACCUGGGGCAGAUCGAGCACAUUCUCCGCUGCGGCGUCAGGAAGGACGACCGCACGGGCACCGGCACCCUGUCGGUAUUCGGCAUGCAGGCGCGCUAUAGCCUGAGAGAUGAAUUUCCUCUGCUGACAACCAAACGUGUGUUCUGGAAGGGUGUUUUGGAGGAGUUGCUGUGGUUUAUCAAGGGAUCCACAAAUGCUAAAGAGCUGUCUUCCAAGGGAGUGAAAAUCUGGGAUGCCAAUGGAUCCCGAGACUUUUUGGACAGCCUGGGAUUCUCCACCAGAGAAGAAGGGGACUUGGGCCCAGUUUAUGGCUUCCAGUGGAGGCAUUUUGGGGCAGAAUACAGAGAUAUGGAAUCAGAUUAUUCAGGACAGGGAGUUGACCAACUGCAAAGAGUGAUUGACACCAUCAAAACCAACCCUGACGACAGAAGAAUCAUCAUGUGCGCUUGGAAUCCAAGAGAUCUUCCUCUGAUGGCGCUGCCUCCAUGCCAUGCCCUCUGCCAGUUCUAUGUGGUGAACAGUGAGCUGUCCUGCCAGCUGUACCAGAGAUCGGGAGACAUGGGCCUAGGUGUGCCUUUCAACAUCGCCAGCUACGCCCUGCUCACGUACAUGAUUGCACACAUCACGGGCCUGAAGCCAGGUGACUUUAUACACACUUUGGGAGAUGCACAUAUUUACCUGAAUCACAUCGAGCCACUGAAAAUUCAGCUUCAGCGAGAACCCAGACCUUUCCCAAAGCUCAAGAUUCUUCGAAAAGUUGAGAAAAUUGAUGACUUCAAAGCUGAAGACUUUCAGAUUGAAGGGUACAAUCCACAUCCAACUAUUAAAAUGGAAAUGGCUGUUUAGGGUGCUUUCGGAGGAGCUCAAAGGAUAUUGUCAGUCUUUAGGGGUUGGGCUGGAUGCCGAGGUAGAAGUUCCUUUUGCUCUAAACGAAAAAGGAACUAGGUCAAAAAUCUGUCCGUGACCUAUCAGUUAUUAAUUUUUAAGGAUGUUGCCACUGGCAAAUAUAACUGUGCCAGUUCUUUCCAUAAUAAAAGGCUUUGAGUUAACUCACUGAGGGUAUCUGAAAACGCUGAGAUUAUGAACAAAGUAAGGAGAAUGAAAUGUGUGUGCUCUUAGCAAAAACAUGUACGUGCAUUUCAAUCCCACGUCCUUAUAAAGAAGGUUGGUGAAUUUCACAAGCUAUUUUUAGAAUAUUUUAAGAAUUUCACAGGCUAUUCCCUCAAAUCUGAGGGAGCUGAGUAACACCAUCAAUCAUGAUGUAGAGUGUGGUUAUGAACAUUUAAAGUUAUAGUUGUUUUAUAUGUUGCUAUAAUAAAGAAGUGUUCUGCA